GUGAUUCACUUGGCAUCCAAAAACCACACAAGAAAACAAACAAAGGAACAAUAAAAAAAAAAAAAACAUUCGCAGUUUCAACAAUGGCAGAGUCGUCAAACAACGUUGUCGAGACGAUCAACCGUGAUUGUCACGAUUUUAAGUCUCUUCUCUCUUCUUCAGACAGGGAUUUCCUCGUACGCAACAACGGUGAUCAGGUUAAAAUCGAUAGCUUGAAGGGGAAGAAGCUUGGAAUGUAUUUCUCAGCAUCUUGGUGCGGUCCAUGCCGUAGAUUCACCCCAAAUUUAAUCGAGGUGUACACCGAGCUCUCAACGAAAGGCGAUUUCGAGGUCAUUUUUGUCUCGGCAGAUGAAGAUGAAGAGUCAUUCAAUGGUUACUUCUCCAAGAUGCCAUGGCUGGCAAUCCCUUUUUCUGAUUCAGAGGCACGCAAGCGCUUAGAUGAGCCGUUCAGUGUGAAGGGAAUACCUCACCUCGUGCUCUUGGAUGAAAAUGGUAAAGUCUUGACCGAAGAGGGGGUUGAGAUUAUUCGUGAGUAUGGAGAGGAAGGGUACCCUUUCACCCCCGAGAAGAUCCAAGAAUUAAAAGAUUUAGAAGAAAAGGCCAAGAAGGAACAGUCCAUCAAAACAAUCUUGGUUUCCCGAUCUCGUGACUUUGUAGUUACUUCUGAUGGAAGUAAGGUGCCGGUGUCCGAACUUGAGGGGAAGACUGUAGGUAUAUAUUUCUCAGCGUCUUCAUUCAAGCCAUCUGCUGAUUUUACUCAAAAACUUGCUGAAGUUUAUAGUAAGUUGAAAGAAAAUGGGGAGAAAUUCGAGGUUGUUAUGAUAUCGCUUGAUGAUGAUGAUGAAUCCUUCAAGCAAAGCUUUGGGGCACCAUGGUUGGCAUUGCCUUCGAAAGACAAGAGCUGUGAGAAAUUGGCUAGGUACUUCGAGCUCUCGACCCUUCCCACUGUUGUCAUUAUCGGGCCAGAUGGAAAAACUCUCCACCCUAAUGCUGCUGAUGCGAUUGAUGAACAUGGGAUUGUGGCCUACCCCUUCACCCCCGAAAAAUUUGCGGAGCUUAAAGAAAUAGAGAAAGCAAGUGAGGCAACACAAACUCUGGAAUCAGUUCUGGUUUCAGGGGGUUUGGAUUUUGUCCUAGGGAAGGAUGGGGCUAAGGUCAAGGUGGCCGACUUGGUGGGGAAGACCAUUCUCUUGUACUUCUCAGCCCAUUGGUGCCCACCAUGCCGUGCUUUCACACCGAGCCUUGUUGAAGUAUAUAAGAAGAUCAAGGAAAAGGAUGAUGCAUUUGAAGUGAUUUUUAUUUCGAGCGACAGGGACCAAUCCUCCUUUGAUGACUAUUAUUCAGGAAUGCCUUGGUUGGCUCUUCCAUUCAAUGAUGCUCGGAAAUCAUCAUUGAGUCGCAAAUUCAAGGUCCAAGGCAUCCCUAUGCUUAUAGCACUCGGACCAACUGGAAAAACUAUUACAAAAGAGGCAAGGAGUCUGGUCAUGGCUCAUGGGGCGGAUGCUUAUCCUUUCACUGAGGAGAGGUUGAAGGAGAUUGAGGCACAGAUUGAGGAGAUGGCAAAAGGGUGGCCGGAGAAACUGAAAGAUGAACGGCAUGAGGAGCAUGAGCUGGUGCUCACUCGUCGCAGUAAUUAUGUCUGUGAUGUAUGCGACGAAAUGGGACAAGUCUGGUCAUUCUACUGUGAGGAAUGUGACUUUGAUCUACAUCCCAAAUGUGCCCUGGAGAAAGAAACCAAAGCUGAUGCAAAAGAAGGUUGGGUCUGUGAUGGGGAGGUCUGCACUAGAGCUUCAUGAAUUAUGUCCAUGUAUACACCAACACACUAGUUGGCUGUCCUGUUGAUGCAGCUUGGAUCAUGUGUGUGCUAUGUAAUAAAAUCUUGAGAUGCAGUGUUGAAAGACUUUGUUAUCUA